AUGAAGCCCCCCGGGGCCGUGGGGACGCUGCUGCGCGCCCUCGGCCGCCGCGAUGGCCCGACGCGCCGCGGCCGUCCCCACCCGCCCCCCCACAUGUUCCGCGAGCGGAGCCUGCGCCGGGGGGUGCCCUGCGGGGGCUGCGGGACCGCCCUGGGACCCCACGGGCUCGUGUGCAGAGUUUGCAAAGUCGCCGCCCACAAGAGAUGUGAGAGCAAGGUGACGUCACCGUGCCAGCCUCUGCCCCCGCCAGAGCUGAGGCGGAACACGGCCCCGGUGCGGCGCAGCGAGCGCGUGGGCUCCUCGCUCGACAGCGCCCCCCAGCGGAGCACCCUGCCCAGGACCCCUCGCGCCCCCAGCCCCGAGGCCCCCCCGUCCCCCCCCCUGGACCUGACGUUCGUGACCGAGCGGAUCCUGAGCGUGGGGGUCCCGGGGGGCGGCGAGGGGGGCCCAGGGGGGCACCUGCGGCACCUGGCGAAGCUGCUGGGGGCGCGGCACGGCCCCAACUACACGAUCUUCAACCUGUCCGAGAAGCGCCGGGACCUGACGCGCCUGAACCCCAAAGUGCUGGAUUUCGGGUGGCCGGAGCUCCUGGCGCCCCCGCUGGAGCUGCUCUGCUCCGUCUGCAAAGCGCUCGAGGGGUGCCUGGGGGGGCACCCCCGCAACGUGGCCGUGCUGCUCUGCAAGGGCAGCAAGGCUCCGGUCGGGGUGGUCGUGGGGGCGUUUCUGCACUACAGCGAUGUGUGGGGCAGCCCCGAGCAGGCGCUGAACGCGCUGAGCAUGAGGAGGUUCUGCGAGGAGAAGUUGGGAGGGGUCCUGCAGCCCUCCCAGCGCAGGUACACUGAGGAUUUCGGGGCGCUGCUCUCGGGGCAGCUCCGCCUGAACAGCUCCCCCCAGUUCCUGCACCACGUCCUGCUGCCCCCCCUGCCCGCCUACGACCCCCCCGACGGUUGCCGCCCCUUCCUCAAGAUUUACCAAUCGCUGCAGCUCGUCUACACCUCGGGGGUCUACAGCCCCCCCGCCUCGCAGUCGCUCUGUGUCACCCUGGAACCGGCGCUGCUGCUCAAGGGGGACGUGAUGGUGCGCUGUUACCACCGGCGGCGGGGGGGGCGCGAGGCGGUUUUUGGGGUUCAGUUCCACACGGGGACCCUGCGCGGGCCCCGCCUGAGGCUGCGCCGGGACGAGCUCGACGUGGCCUGGCAAGACCAGCGCUUCCCUCCUGACGCCACCGUGGAGUUCAUCUUCUCCUCGGGCCCCGAGAGGGUCGAAGGCUGGGCCCCUCCCCGCGGCCCCCCCGCCUCUCCCAUCGAUUACGGGGUGCGGGACCCCGCAGUUCGCCGGGACUCCUACGAGGGGCAUUGGGACAGCCCCGAGGAGCCCUCCCACACUUGGGGUCCCCUGGACGGCAGCCCCUAUGCCCGCGUGCAGAAGAAGGGGGGCCCGUCCCCGCCCGGGGGGGGCUCUGACUCCCCGCCCCCCGCCCGGAGCCCCCCACGGCCGCCCCCCCCCCCCACGGCCGCCGAGCGCCGGGAGCUGGAGCAGCUGCUGGGGGGGUUCGGGGUGCGGGGGGGCCGCGAGACCCCCGGCCCGGGGGAGGAGCCCCCCGACACCCCCGAACCGCUCGGGACCCCCACAGCCUACGGGACCCCCGAACCUCUCUGGACCUCGGCACCCUACAGGAAUCCCACAGCCUACGGGACCCCGAUCCCCAUGGCUUCCCCACAUCCUACGGGGCCCCCCAAAUCCCAGGGGUCCCCCACGCCCUAUGACACCCCAAAACCCUACGGGACCCUGGUGCCCCACGUGACCCUGACACUCCAUGGCCCCCCAGCACCCCAGGGGUCCCCAACAUCCUACGGGACCCCAGCACCCCAUGGGCUCCCAGUGUCCCUGGGGACCCCAACAUCCCCCGGGGUCACAGCGCCCUAUGAGACCCCAGUAACCCACAGGACCCCAAUAUCCCGGGAGUCCCCGAUAUUCCACGGGACCCCGAUAUCCCAGGAUACCCCAAUAUCCCAGGGGACCUUAACAUUCCAGGGGUCACCGAUACCCUACAGCCCCCCAGCAUCCCAUGGGACCCCAACAUCCCUGGAGACACCGACUCCCUAUGGAACCCCAACAUCCCGGGGGUCCCCAUCACCCUACGGGACCCCAAAGUCCUAUGGGACCCCCCCAUCCCACGGAUCCCCAACAUCCCAGGGCUCCCACACUCCCCAGAGCCCCCCACCAGCCCAGAAGUCCCUAACAUCCUACAGCCCCCCAAUAUCCCACGGGACCCCAAUAAUCCAUGAGACCCUAACACCCUACGGGACCCCCACAUCGCAGGAGACCCCAGCCCCCCACAGCUCCCCCACAUCCUACAGCCCCCCAAAACCCCAUGGCACCCCCGUGUCCCCCGGGCUUCCAAUCUCCCACAUCACCCCAAUAUCCGAGGCACUCCCAACCCCCCACGGCCCCCCCCGCACCCCACAGCCCCCCCGAUCCCACAGCCCCCCGAGCCCUUGGGCCCCCCCCAGCCCCUGGGUCCCCCCGUGCCCCCCCCUGUGCCGCCGAGCCAGCCUGGCCUCCCCCCGGGAGCCCCCAAAACGGGGGGUGCAGCGCUCGCUGUCCGAGGGGUUUCCCCCGUGGGGGGCCUACGGGCGCCCGGUGGCGGGGGGGUAUCUGCUUUUGGGGGGACUCGCGCCCCUCUGCCCCUGCCAGGACUGCCAGGGCUGGGGGGGCGUCUCCCCACUGCCCACCCGCCCGGUUUAUCGCGGGCACGGCUGGGGGAACCCCCCCGCGCCCCCUCUGGAGCCCCCAAAUUGCCCCCACUGCGGCCGCCCCGGGCUGGGGCUGGAGCGGGGACCCCCUCCCGAAAAAGGGGGCUACGAUCCCCCCGCCGCGGGGGAGCCCCAGGAGCCGGCAGGGCGGCGCAGCCCCGUUGAGGGCACCCCGUGGGCGGCCCCGCUCCGUGCCCCCCCCGAGUCUCCCCGCGCCCCCUCCCCCGGCAGCGGCACCCCCGGGCCCCCCCCGGCCCUGCAGCCGCCCCUGCCCGAGAAGCGGCACCCCCCGGCCCCGGGAGGGCCCCGGGACCCCUCCUCACCCCAGCGCAGCCCGGGGGGGCCCCGGGACCCCUCCUCACCCCAGCGCAGCCCGGGGGAGCCCCAGGGACCCCCCUCGGCGGGGGGGGCGCCGGGCGGGACCCCCCCCGGGGGCACCUUCGUGCAGGACACGACCAAGUUCUGGUACAAACCGGGGCUGUCCCGGGAGGAAGCCGUGUCCCUGCUCAAGGCCGCCCCUCCCGGUUCGUUCCUGGUCCGCCGCAGCAGCAGCUUCCCGGGGGCGUUCGGGCUCGCACUCAGGGUGGGGGUCCCGCCCCCCCGCGCCACCUCCAGAGUGGGGGACCCCCAGGAGCAGCUGGUGCGGCACUUCCUGAUCGAGACGGGCCCGCGGGGGGUCAAAAUCCGGGGGUGCCCCGAGGAGCCCUACUUUGGGAGCCUCCCGGCGCUGGUGCUGCAGCACUCCAUCACCCCCAUCUCACUGCCCUGCACCCUCCGCAUCCCCCACGCAGAGCUGCAGGAGGAGCCCCCGGAGCCCCCUGGACCCCCCAAUGUCAGCACGGCCGGAGCCCUCCUGAGGCAGGGGGCAGCCUGCUCCGUGCUGUUCCUGGGCUCGGUGGGCACCGAGGCCCUGACGGGGCCCCAGGCCGUGGCCAAGGCCGUGGGGUCCCUCCUGGAGGGGGCCCCGGGCGCGGGGGGCUCCCCCCGGCCCCCCCCCAGCCCCGUGCACUUCAAGGUGUCGGCGCAGGGGAUCACCCUGACGGACCGGCAGCGCAAACUCUUUUUCCGCCGGCACUACCCCGUGAGCAGCGUCACCCACUGCGGCACCGACCCCCAGGACCGCAGGUGGACGACCCCCGAUGGGACCAUGGCCAGGAUUUUCGGGUUCGUGGCGAAGCAGGCGGGGGCGCCCGGGGGGGGCAACGCGUGUCACGUGUUUGCCGAGCUGGACCCCGAGCAGCCGGCGGGGGCCAUCGUCACCUUCGUCACCAAAGUCCUGCUGGGGACGCGGCACUGAGAGACCCCCCCGGGACCCCCGAAACCGCCUGGAGACUCCCAAAGUCCCCCGAGGCAGGGGGGGCUCAGGGGCACCCUCCAAACCCAGGGGGACUUCUCCCCAUCUUCAGCAAGGUCCUGCUGGGGACACGGCCUU